CGAGAUUUGGUUAACGUGACCGGAAAUGGAUAAUGGAACUCGUAUUCUAAAGAUUAUAACUAAAUUAAGUAAAGGGUACAAGUAAACAGGUUCUAAAGGCGGAAGAGUCAGGGUGAAACUACACACCAAUUUAAAAGGAUUAAAUAAAUAGGCAACAACAAUAAUGUGCUACAACACCCACUAGGCCUACUAAGCCUGAAGAUACUUACUAUAAGAUGAUGGUAGCACAGAUGAAAAGAUGUUCCUGAUAGAUACAGAUGCAGGAAUUGAUGAUGCCCAUGCGAUUAUGAUGGCACUAAGACAUCCACAACACAAAGUUAUAGGUAUUACGUGUGUACAGGGUAACACUAAGGUGGAUCAGGUCUGCAGGAAUGUCUUCAGGUUACUUAAAGUUUGCAAACGCCUUGAUAUUCCAGUGUAUCAGGGGGUGUCUACUUCUCUUGUGGGAAUAAAUGCAGGCCCAUCAUUUUACCAUGGAAACGAUGGAUUUGGAGAUGCACCUGAGGAAGAGCCACAAGAUUAUUCUGCCCUUGUUCAGAAAGAACAUGCUGUCAAUACCAUAGUGAGACUUGUGAAUGGAAAUCCAGGUAAGCUAACUUUGAUUGGAUUGGGACCCCUGACAAAUAUUGCAAUGGCAAUCAGAUUGGAUCCUGAUUUGGGUAAAAAGCUCAAAGACUGUUACAUCAUGGGUGGAAAUUAUCAAGGAAAGGGUAACAUUACAACAAGUGCAGAGUUCAAUUUCCAUAGCGAUCCUGAGGCAGCACAUGUUGUCCUUAAUGAACUUGGUUGCCCUAUCACCAUAGCAACCUGGGAACUCUGCCUUCAGCAUAGUUUAACUUGGGAAUGGUAUGGCAGAUUUAUUAAUCAAUCAACUGAAAAAGCAAAAUUAAUGAAACGCAUCGAAAAAAAUAACAUUGAAAACUGGUAUGGGGGAGGAGGAACUACCAAACUAUAUGGCACUGCUGAUGAAAUUACUAUGGCAACGGCACUAGAUAAAUCUGUUGCUAUAGAAGCCAAACAUGUAUAUGCUACAUUGGAGUUGAAUGGGUCGACAACUCGGGGACACCUACAAUGAGAUCAGAAAGCCUGAUACGCACAAAUCAAACUUCAUGCUACAAAUCGAGAAAAAAACGGUGACAAAAUGUUUAAAUGAGAAAUGGCCUACCUAUAUUCCAUGUGAUGAGAUUGCAAUGUCAUUAGCAUGUGACAAUGAAUUGUCACAGGACAGUCAGCAGGUUUAUGCAACUGUAGAGUUAAGUGGUACACAUUCCCGAGGACAAAUGAUUGUUGACUGGGAACAGUCGCUAAAGAAACCAACUAAUGUUACCAUAGUAACAAAACUCAAGCACAAUGAAUACUUGGACUUAUUGAAGGGGUCAGUUCUAUAAUAAAUGUGUAUAACAGACGAUAGAAUUUAAAUUGUAAGUACGACUAUCAUACUGGGGUUUAUUUCUCGAAAGUUUGUAAAGUUGCGAAUUGGUAAGUUGUAAGUUUGUAGAAAUAACUUUAAACUUGCAUUUCUCAAAGUUUAGUAUCUUUGCAAAAAUAAGUAACUUUUUUCUUAAAGUUCCUGAACAAUGAUGUCAUGUGCGAUUUUUAUUGUAACUUUAUGUACGCAUCUGGAGGUCUUGUAAGUCUUUUGUAAGUCUUCCUUUACAUAUUUACUUUCAUUUUUACAGUACUUGUACAUCAAAGAUAGUUCAAGUAUACAGGAAAUUCAUUUUUGUCCAAUAUCCAUUUGGAUUUGAAUACAUUCAAUACAAUUCCAUACAUUCAGUGCUAAAACGUUGAUAACAUGGACUAUAUUCAAUCACAUGCUUCGAUGUUCUUGCAUUAAUAUAGCUUUGUUGGAAUUGCUGGAAACGUCACAGCUGACAAUGGAAUAUGGGAACUACGUCACAUGAUGUCACAUAGCUUAUCAUUCAUAAACUUACUAAAAAGAUCAAAUCUUUUGAGAAAUACAAUUUGCGAUUUCGUAACUUUUUGAAACUUACUAAAUUAGUAAAGUGACUAAAUAGUACAUGUAACUCAAGAACUCAAGCAGGACAUGGGCCCCUAAAACCAAAAAUUGGGUUGGGUUGGGGUAGGGUUGCCCCAUAGUAUU